UUCUACUUUUUCAGUUUAUUUUAUCAAAUGGAUAAGAGUUGGAUAGACUACAAUUCUCUUAAUAAAGAGAAGUAUAUUAGAGGAGUUUUAAAUUUUCUAGAUUUUGCAUUUGCGAAAUCGUCAAAGGAUGGAAAAAUUUUAUGCCCUUGUACCAAAUGUGUCAAUUGCAAGUGGCGCUCUCGGAUGAAUGUUUAUGAACACAUCAUUAGUAAUGGGUUUCUAAAAGGAUAUGUUACUUGGAUCUUUCAUGGUAAACAAGUUGGCCCAUCUAGUUCUUUAGAUACAUCCCAAGUGGAAGGGGAGUUUGAUCAUGACAUGGAUACAUUGGUUCAUGAUGCAUUCACAAUGCAUGCAACCAAUGAGAGUAAUGACACAAAUAUAAAUAUGGAGGAUGGAGAUUCUAGAGAAUUCAUGAAUGGACCUAGUGCUCAACAAUCUGAAGACAAUAAUAAUUCAGAUAAGUUCUAUCAGAUGUUGAGGGAGGCAGAGCAAAGUCUUUAUAAAGGUUGUAAGAAGUUUACAAAAUUGUCAUUCCUUGUACAUUUGUAUCACUUAAAGUGUCUAAAUGGGUGGACUGAUAAAAGUUUUUCGAUGUUGUUAGAGUUGUUAAGUGAUGCAUUACCAGUGGAAAAUACUUUGCCCAAAUCAUUUUACGAUACAAAGAAGAUUAUUUCAGGGUUGGGUCUAUCUUAUGAAAAAAUUCAUGUUUGUCCCAAUGAAUGCAUAUUGUAUAGGAAGGAUUUGGCUGAUGCUGAAAUUUGCCCUAAAUGCAAUUUGUCAAGAUUGAAAUAUAACUCUGAUGAUGUUGAAUGUAGAAAAAAGAUACCAGCAAAGAUUCUUCGUUGGUUCCCUCUUAUACCUAGAUUGCAAAGACUUUUUGUAUCACCAAAAACAGCUUGUUCUAUGAUAUGGCAUGAGGUUGGUCAAACUAAAGAUGGACUCUUGAGGCAUCCAGCUGAUUCAUUUGCUUGGAAGGAUUUUGAUUGUCAGUAUCCUGGUUCUGCUUGUGACGCUCGUAAUGUUCGACUAGGUUUGGCUACUGAUGGCUUUAAUCCUUUCAAAACUAUGGCAAUUUCCCAUAGCACUUGGCCUGUUAUCUUGAUUCCGUACAAUCUUCCUCCAUGGAUGUGUAUGAAGCAACCUAAUUUUAUACUUUCAUUGCUUAUUCCUGGUCCAAAAGGUCCAGGUAUAUGUUUAUAUGCAGCCUCUUGUGGAAGAAUUAAAGGAAUUAUGGGAAAUUGGGGUAAAAACAUUUGAUGCAUGUAAAAAAGAGUCAUUCCAAAUGCGUGCUGCAAUUAUGUGGACUAUUAAUGAUUUUCCUGCUUAUGCAAAUUUGUCUGGUUGGAGCACUAGAGGCCAAUAUGCUUGUCCAUGUUGUGGUUUUGAGAUUGGCUCAAAGUGGUUGCGUUAUGGUAGAAAGUUUUGCUAUAUGUGUCAUCGUCGUUGGUUAGAGCCCGAUCAUAAGUGGAGAUACAAUAAAAGAGAUUUUGAUGGAACCCAGGAGUUUAGAGCUCCACCUGAUCUACCUAGUGGAGCUUUUUCUUUGAGACAGAUGGAAUAUCAUGGAGUUGGGGAUUGGUCACCAUGGAAAAAGAGAAGUAUUUUGUUCACAUUGCCUUAUUGGCAACAUAGUGUGCUCCGUCAUAAUCUUGAUGUUAUGCACAUAGAAAAGAAUGUGUGUGAUAACAUUAUUGGGAUGUUGUUACAAUUAGAAGGUAAGUCAAAGGACAAUGAUAAGGCACGCUAUGAUCUUGUUGAUAUGAAUAUUAGAAGCCAAUUACAUCCAAAGAUGCACCCAAGUAAAGGCAAACAAUAUUUUCCUAGAGCUUGUUACCAAAUGACUUCAAAAGAGAAAGAAACAUUUUUGGAAGUUCUCAAAACAAUAAAAGCUCCUGAUGAAUAUUUGUCUAAUAUUUCAAGAUGUGUGCAAGUGAAGGAACACAAAAUAUCCGGUCUCAAAAGUUAUGAUUGUCAUCUUUUAAUGCAAGAGUUUCUUCCUAUAGCUAUGAAAGGUUGUUUGCCAGACAAAGUGAGUUUAGCUAUAUCCGAUCUUUGUUGUUUCUUCAAGGAGUUGUGUGGCAAGGUGCUUAAUGAGAGUAAUUUAGAGCACCUAGAGCAUCAAGUAGCUCUAACAUUAUGCCAAUUAGAACAGAUUUUUCCUCCAUCUUUUUUCACCGUAAUGGUACAUUUGGUAAUCCAUUUGGCACAUGAAGCAAGAGUUGGAGGUCCUGUACAUUACCGAUGGAUGUAUCCUAUUGAAAGGUUCCUUUUGACUCUAAAGUCAUUUGUUCGUAAUCGAGCACAUCCAGAAGGAUCUAUUGCAGAAGAAUAUUUAGCUCAUGAAUGCUUGAUAUUUUGUUCAAGAUAUCUAUCUAGGGUGGAGACUCAUUUUAAUCAAUUUGCUCGAAAUGAUGACUCAUGUUUUGUGGAAAAUGUAAGUGUUUUAAAUCCUAGAGGUAGACCAUUGGGGAGAAAGAAGCAAGUUGGAUUCAAUGUGAAGAAGAGAAAAAGAGCUUCUCGGAUUUCUCUUGAUAAGAAAGCAUUGGUUCAAGCACAUAGAAAUGUGCUUUUCAAUAGCAACAAUGUUGAGCACUUUCGAAAAGCCCAUACUGAUCUUAUCAAGAGACAAAAUCGUCGAUUAUCUCCAUAUGAAGUUGACAAAAUUCAUAGUAAAGAAUUUCCAGAUUGGUUCCGUGAAAGAGUUGCUCGAUUGGAAGAGCAAGACAGCACUCUAGUGACAAAUGAUAUCAAGUGGUUAGCUCGUGGUCCACUAGAAAUAGUGAGAAGAUAUAGUGGGUACAUUGUUAAUGGAGUUAGAUUUCAUACAAAGACACGUGAAAGGUGCUUGAAGACUCAAAACAGUGGCAUUGUUGUAACUGUUAAGACAUUAAGUUAUGCCAGUUCAAGAGAUAAAAACCCAAAGGAGGGAGAAAUCCACUACUAUGGUGCACUAACAGAUAUAAUUCAAUUGGAUUAUUCUGGAAAAUAUAAGGCUAUACUUUUCAAGUGUGAUUGGGUUGAUAUAAACAGGGGUUGCAAAAUUGAUAACUUCGGUAUGACAUUAGUGAAUUUCAAUUAUUUGCAACAUAUAGGGAAUGAUAUAUGUGACGAUCCAUUUGUUUUUGCAUCUCAAGCUAAGAAAGUAUUUUAUGUGGAGAAUAAAACACAAAAUGGUUGGCUUGUUGUUGUGCAUGCUAAAAUCAGAGAUGUAUAUGAUAUGGGUGAUGAGCAAUCCAAUGACACGGAUCAAGGGAAUGAACAAGUCUUACAAAAGAUAAAUCAUAAUGAUUUGAUCAGACCAAAAGCCGAUGAUAGUGAUGAUAUCAUUGAAGUUACAAUACCUAUGGAGAACAUUUUACCACAUAACAAGGAUGAUAAUUAUAUAGAUGAUGAUGAGAGCGAUGCAGACUUCUUUUGAUUUGUUUUUAUUUGUUCUAUUUGAACAUUUGGUUAUAGUUUGAGUAUACAUGUAUUGAACAUUUUGUCACAUUUAUAUACUCUUAUUCCUUUCUUUAGUUUUUUGUUCUUAUUAUUCAUUACUCUUGUGUUUAUUUUUUGUUAUGUAUAAAAAUCACUCACAAUA